CACACAAGACCAACCUGUUUUCAUUCGUUUGUAACCUACAGUCUAAAGUAGAAACUCGUGAUCCUGAAGGGACGGCCUCUCGUUGGCGGUGCUACUUCCCUUCCAGCCCCACCAGCCCAGCCAAGCUGGUGCCGAGUCCUUUACAUAUGGAGUGGUGGAGCCACCACUGUACCUUCUGGAGGAGACGAGCUGUGGUUCCCUCCUCGGGAGGCGCCCCACUACACCGUUUUCUGCAGUAAUGGAAACACACAGUAGUGAAGGGAUUGAAACUCGGAGCAAGCUGCUGAACAAGACAGGCCCCAUAAUUUCACUUACCUGGCUGUCACGUGGUCUUAAUGGGGUCUGGUGCUGAGCCCAUUAUGUAGGCAGUUUCUAUGUGUGUCCUUUGGAAAUGGACAUCGAAAUGAGCUCUUCCCCUCUCUCUCUCCCUUUUCACUUUGACCAGUGUUCAGUGCCCAACCACCGUGAGCUGAAUACUGUCCUCAUGUGCCAGUGUUGUGAGGCGUGGCCCUUUGCCAGCACAACCUCACUGAUGAGGCACUUAUGCCCAGUCUUUAGGCCAAUGCUGGGCUGCAAAGUUGCAGACUAUUAUCUGACCAUCAGGAGCACAAAUAUUAGAAUGCAGUCCGAGUACUGGGAGGGCAGAGUGAGAGUCAAGGACCAGCACAGGACAUGGAAGUGCUUGUACACCUUAAGGGAGACUAGCAAGUGUCCCAGUGAAAAGGGAGAUACGGCAGUACAGGGAAUGUAAGAGAGGAAGAUGCCCAUGUCAUGUGAUAGGGAUGAUCAAUCAACAGAUCAUUUUGAGCACUUGGGAUCACAUACUCAUGUUAGGUGCUGUGCUAGAUUCUGUAUAUGGAGAAAUAAGUAAGGUGGUCAUAUUUUUAAAAUAUCAACAUGGAUCAUUGCAAUGUAUGUUACCUAAAAGUUAAAUUAAAACAAUAUAAAAAGGUAUUUAUAGGCAAACAGGAAUGUGCCUAAGAGGUCAGGGAGAUCCAAUGUUUGAUACCAGAUUCAUUACAAUAAUAUAACCACAUUGUGUUUGUAGAUAUAAAUUGUAGUUACCACCCUUUAAGAGCCUAAAUUUCAGCAUGAAAAUGUUAAAAAUGAUACAGGAAUAUGGGUGUCACAGUGUAAACCCUGAUUGGUUUUCAAAUGAAUCAUAGAAGUAGAAAAUGUUAAGUGUUCAGAAGGCAAAAUCACUGUUACAUAGAAUCAUCCAGAAAGACUUUCUAGAGAGCCAGGGCUUGACCUGUGGAAGAGAGACGACUGCCAUCUUAUAGGGACUCACCAUAUGUCAAGCAUUGUGUGAGGCUCUUCCAUCUAAACCACAUUUGUUCUUUAUGACCCCUGAGAAGCAGGUUUUUGUCUUACAUCUCCAUUUUAUAGAUGAGGAACCUGACUUAGAGAUGGCUACUUGCCCUGAGUCACACACCUCAGAAACCGUGGAAUUAGGGCUCAAACAGCUUGGGCAGGCUUCAGAGCCCAUGCUCUUUACCAUAAAUAGCACAAACAGAGGCACAGAGGUGAUGUGUCAGACACCCCCAGUGGCUCCACUACGACCUCAUAGUGAUUCAGACCAGGGAUGACACAUGAAAUGUUGGCAGCCUUGUGUAGCCAUCAGCCUGACCAAUUACAAAAAGUCACCCCAAAUUCCUAUCCUAAGGGGGUUCAAUGGGGAAUGGUCUCAUAAUGGAUCUGGGGUGAAGGAUGAGUGGCAGUGUAAGGCCGACAGGUGGAAGGGUGGGCAAUCAGAUGAGAACAGAGUUUCAGAACAAAAGGUUGGAAGGCAGAGAUGCUGUAUGUGCUGAUAGAGGCAGAGAGGGCCCGGACAGAGAAACUGCGGAAAGAGAACAGACUCCUGACCCUGCGGUGUGGGACUGUCCCCAGAGAGGGCGGCUGGGACACUGAGCCGUCCAGCGGAGAUGUGCCUGCGCAGCGCCUCACCAAGGAGCGCGUCUCUUCCCUCUCCCAGUCCCAGAUUCGAGACUCAGAGUGGCUCACGUGGAAUCCACGGGACAUAUUGUCCUGGGCUAAAAUGUCUACAGACCCCAGGAUUGCUACAGGUCAGCUGUCCCCACUGGAGAAGAAAAUCUUGGUUCCUAGAGGUGGGCACCAGCCAGUGGCUCGGAGCAGGAACCGAGGGCCGGUGUCUUCGGAGCCUCAGCCUGGUGUCCCUGGACGCUGGUGGCCGACCCCUGGUGACCGGCCUCUGAAGCCUGAACCAAAGGUGUGCUGCGUUGUGAAAGAGGGGACUUCACACCAGACGACAGCCCCUCGGGGCAGAGACCUUGGCCUUGGAGAAGCCAUGCCGAAGCCGGAGGCGUCUGCAGAGCCCCUCCAUCUGCUGCGUUUCCCGGAGACCAAAAGCCCCGGGAAGGAGUGCGGCCAGCCUGGGGGGCCGGGCCAGGAGGGGAGAGAGCCGGAAACAGACACCAUGGAGAAGCCCGUCCAGUGUGUGCAGAAACUGCUCCCUCGGGUGGAGGAAGACGCCCAGCAGGAAGCCGCAAGGAGAGAGUACAGGUGGAGGGCAUGGGUGCAGAAGCCAGUCACCUUUGAGGACGUGGCAGUGAACUUCACCCAGGAGGAGUGGAUGUAUCUAGAUGCCAGUCAGAGGGCCCUGUACCAGGACGUUAUGUCAGAGACCGUCAGAAACCUGAUGUCUGUAGAUCUGGUCACGAAGCUUGAAGAAGAACAGUGGAGGACUGAGCUCCAGCUCCAGCCCCCAAAUGGAGAAGGCCUCCCUUCAGGAAGCAGGAAGCAGGAGCUUCCAGAAGGGAGUCCAAGCAGCAGGGGCAGAGAUGAGGAAGUCCCCCUUGCUUGCAAAGGCUCAGGACGACCCUGUGCCCCCGUGGGUUCCAGGCCCAGGGCCCCUGGGUGUUCAGCCCCCCAGGCCGAGCCACCGUUCCCCUGCCACGUGUGUGGCAGGACUUUCAGGAAGCGCUCCAACCUGCACAGCCACCAGUUUGUGCACAAUCCCCACAAGACUAACAGCUGCAGCCAGUGUGGGAGGUCGUUCCGGAACCCCAGGGACCUCAGCUACCACAGGCGCAUGCACCUGGGGGAGAGGCCCUUCUGCUGCCCGCUCUGUGACAAGACCUACUGCGACGCCUCGGGGCUGAGCCGUCACCGCCGUGUGCACCUGGGCUACCGGCCCCACUCCUGUGCCCUCUGUGGAAAGGGCUUCCGGGACCAGUCUGAGCUCAAACGCCACCAGAAGACCCACCAAAACCAGAAGCCGGUGGCCAGGGACUGGAAGCAUGUUGUGAGCCCUCCAGGUUCCAGCACUCUGUCUUGGGAGCCCCUGGACAGGAGCCAGGCGAGCAGCCGGGAGCCCGCGGCCGGGACCCGAAAACCUGUAUUUGCAACCAAGGGUCCUGUAGCUCAGACCCAGCCACCUACAGACAGGAAGCAGGCGAUCGCUGUGAAGCCUCAGGCACCGGCCACGGCAACCCCGGGGCCUGAGACCGGGACCCAAGAGCCUGACACCAGAGCCCCAGCAAAGCCUUCAGGACUCCAGGUCUCCUCUGGCCCUCACUGCGCUCCGAUGCUGAGCGGGAGAGCCUCUCCGUCCAGCCACCACAAGGCCCACGUCUCCGAGCCACGCUGCUGCUUCCGCUGUGGCAAGGCCUUCGGGUCCCUGUCGGGGCUGGCCAGACACCAGCACACGCACUGGAGGCAGCAGGUGUACCGCUGCCCCGUCUGUGACGUCUGCUUCGGGGACAAGGAGGGCCUCGUGGGCCACUGGGGGGCUUCCAAAGGCAAGGACCCGUGUCUGGGCAGCCCCCACGCAUGCCGGGCGAUCCUGGCCCAGUGGCUUGGCUUCUUCCGAGACACCUCCCCUUUGGCAGGAAAGGAGCCGGUUGUGCCCCGGGAUCUGGGCCCUGGGCCCCCAGGAGAGGGCAGGGGGGAGGGGAGAGGGGGUGCAGAGCCGAGAAAGCAAGUGAGGCCGUGAGGGUCUCG